ACCGUGUUCGCAGAGGGCCUGCCAUGCACCACUUAAAUUUGAUUGUGCUCUUGAUAGCCACGCGCUGUCUGAUACUGCGCGAGGUUGCCGCGCAAACCGAGACCGAUUUUAAUUUCGCUGAAACCGUUUAUGCAAAAAUAUCCGGGGCAUGCAGAGCGAUUAUGAACCUGCAGAUUGACUCGAUGAAUAGCCAGAACGAUAUAUUGAAGACGAUGAAGAUAUUCUUUCUAAACGGUGAUGAGAUGAGCAAUUACCCCAUCGACACAGCGUACAAAGCUCUCAUCAAGCCGAACGUGUUUGACAUAACGAAGCAAACCAAAAUUAUCAUUCACGGAUAUCGGGACAGUGCUCAAUCUUCAGUGUCACUAGAUUUAGCUAAAGCGUACAACGAGAAGAAAAUGUUCAAUGUUCUUUUAGUGGAUUCAGAACAAAUGAUGAAUAAAAGAUAUAUGUUAUCUGUGCAUAACGCCCGUUUAAUUGGGAAGAGACUGGCUAAUCUCUUGGCGAACUUGGAAGACUUCGGGGCGAGCGCUGUAGAUUUUCAUUUGCUCGGAAUAAGUUUGGGAGCGCACACGGCGGGGUGGGCGGGGAAAUAUUUCCAAAAAUACAAAAUGCGUAAGCUGGGUCGGAUCACUGGUUUGGACCCCGCGGGACCGUGCUUUUCGUCUGCAUAUUCUGAUCAACGAUUAGACAAAUUGGACGCUGAUUAUGUCGAUGUGAUUCAUACGAAUAAAUUAGUGCAAGGUAUAACGGAAGCUUUGGGGCACGCGGACUUUUACGUGAACGGCGGGGGGCCGAUGCAACCUGGCUGUUUGAUGCCCUCCUGCAGUCACCUGCGUGCGACGAAACUUUACGUUGAAAGUGUUGAAGCUCCUAAAUCGUUAAUCGGCGUACGGUGCAAAAGCUUGAAGCAUUUUGAAUCUAAUGCCUGUGAAGAUAAAGACUUCGCAGUUCUCGGGUACGGCUCUUCAUCGUCGACGCGAGGUCUUUAUUUUUUGCGGACGUCAGCGGAUCCUCCGUUCGGCCUUGGUACGGAUGGAACUAAAAAUAAUGAGAGGUCAACGAACUCUUGGGAAACUCUCAUUAAGAAUUUUUAGCUCAAUUAGUUAGAACGUUUUUUCAGAUGCCAUAAUAAUCCGUUUAGAGUGAUUGUCCUUCACGUGAGAUUGAAUAGAUCAAAUUAACUUUUUUGUAAAAUUUUGCAGUAAACUUAGUAUGAAAAACAAAAUAACUUUAUAGUUAAUAUACAGUAUGAGCAAUGUUCCAUUAUAGUAAUUAAGUCUAUAUAGUUAUAAGAAGAUGUGAUUAGUAUAUUAUUUAAAUUAACUUUUUAAUAUAAUAAUAUAUAAAGGUGUGCAAUCACCAAGACGAAAAAAACUAUAUUUUUUUAGAAUUAAUUUAUGAAAUUUUUUUAGCACAUCUUGCACGCAUUUUGAAUACUCAAAUGUAGCAAAAAGCCUGAUACGUUUUUUAACGCGAAACUGCCCAACGGACCGUGACUCAAAUUAGUUUCGAUUUUAAUACCCAUUUGUAAAUAAUUGACUGCAAAACAAAUGACGCUCUUUGCUUGCGUCACAGUUUCAUAACUAGUGCUUGCCGCGACGAAUGCAAAGCCCCAUUGACAUCGCAGCACGAAGAAAUGUAAGGGCUUGUACAUAUUAAUAUAAAUAUAAGUGAGCUUUCGCAUAAACUGACUCCGAAAUUAAUGUGCAACAAAACCAAUUUUUUGGGAACAAACAAUUGA